AUGUAUACUACUAUUGAUCAGAUUGACGAUGUUGAAUUGCGUCAGAAAGAACCUUGGGAUGGUAUAAAUGAACCUCAAAGUUAUGAUCAGAUUUACCGCUACGUCUCACAGGUAUUACAAGAGUGUUUAAAAUUGGUGGAAAACUUUGAGAAUGAAUAUUAUCAAAUUUCUACAUCGGGAACACAAUCAGCUUUCGGUGUCACUACACCUCGACAAAAAACAUCGGUGACCACUCUCAUAUCCUGGUCAAAACCACUGAACGAUUUGAAGAAUACUAGGCAACUACUAGACAUUCGAAAUGGAAAAACGAUUCGUGAUUUGUUAACCGAUAUUAGAACGGGUGAAAUUAUGGGUACGGUAUCAAAUCAAGCUGUUUUACUCAUGAAAAGAAUUUUAGAUUGUACAACAGACAUGUUGUUUACAAAAAUGCCAGCAUUAAUUCAAAAAAUUGAUGAUGUAAUGAAUAUAAUGAAUCAAUAUUUUCGCAGUUUCUACAAUAUCGAUAAUAUUGAAGAUGUAGUGAAAAGCGAGAAGAAAGAAAGAAUGCCAGUAAGUUCAAACAAAUUAGUGACAUUCAGAGAGAGAUCUUUAUCUGUUAUGAUCAUGAGUUUGAGCAAUGUAAGAUCACAAACGGACUGA